UAGCUGUGAAUUAAACGUCAGUUGAAAAGAGAAAAAGCAAGAAUUAAGUCGUAAAAAGCGAAAAGCUCCAAACCAAAUAUAAGUGAAAUUUCGAGCGAAUACCAAAUAUUAGUAUAAUUAAUUGUUUAAAACUUUUGUGAUUAAAAAAGAAAAUUUCUAAAAAUGGUACGACGUGGACGUUCGGCUAGCCCACCACCAGCUACCAGGAGGAGUGUGCCUACACACCAUGCAUCGGCACCAACACCAAAUGUGCCAGCACGCACUGCACCCGCUGCUCCACCAGCGCCUGUACAAGCUGCACCCAGCGCUGUUGGCGCACCACAGCAACCAUCGAUGUUUCAGCAGAUGGCAGCUACCGCUGGCGGCGUAGCCGUCGGAUCAGCAGUGGGCCACACCAUCGGGGCCGGCAUAACCGGGUUGUUCAGUGGCUCUGGCGAUAAAGAAGUAGCCGCCCCUGCUGCCUCGGCACCAGCUCAACAAUAUCUUGCUAACGGCGCUCAGCCCAACGAGCCCCAAGGCCCUUGCACCUGGGAAAUCAAGCAGUUCCUGCAAUGUGCUCAGGGUCAAUCCGACCUGACACUCUGCGAGGGCUUCAACGAGGCGCUACGACAGUGCAAGGCUCAACAUCACUUGCAGUAAAUUAUUGGAAUGGCAUAAACUUGCUGGCAAUUAUAUAAAUUUCCCUUAUGUUUCAACGUAAUUCAAAAUAUAUACUUAUUGCUAAUGAAUGUAAAGAAAAACCAAUUUAUAUGUUAAAUGUUGCAAGUUUGAAGAUACCUUUUUUUAGUGAAUGUGUCAGUUAAUUAGAAAAUGCAGCAACAACAACAAAUGUUUUUGUAUGCAAGACGUUCUAGAAAUAUCUACGCAAAGAAAACAUAUUUGUGUUACGAGAAUAAAGAAGUAAGCGUUAAUUGGCAAA